UUUUCUUUUUUUGGGCACUGGCAGUGUCAGGAGUCCUUGUCCUUCUCUUCACAUUGUUGUUGCCCCAAAAGUGCCAUAGGCAAAGUAGAAUUAACUUUGAAAUUAAAUCUAAAAUAUGCACAUUAUUUUAGGCAGAGCAAGAAUAGGAAGAAUUUGUUGUGAGAAGCCAAUGGACUUCUUGGCUAGCUAACAUGUCCUUAUUGUAUAAUGGCCAUUGAAUAGUGUGAGCAAAUUUUUUUUUUACAUAAUUAUUGUAUUAUUUGAUGUGAUAUUAUUUUAUUUGUUGUAUUGUUGGUUUUGGGUUUUACUGGGCUCUGCUUGUUGUGGCCCUUAAGUAACUUGUUUAUUCUAGGCCUUUUAUUUAUGUAUGUUUGUUACAGGCCCAUUAUUGUGUGAAAUAAAAAAUAAAAAUAAAAAUAAAACCUGCUUAAAGGAUGAAUCAUCUCCUGGUCUCACUCUCGUCUCCGACUCUCCCAACGACACGAAGUACGAACAUAACAAUGCACUUCUAAUUUUACUGCCCUCUCGAGAACUCGUCUCGUUCAACUCUUAAUUCCCCUCACACUGUUAAAACCACAUCGUUUGAGAGAAUGUUGUGUUUCUUGUCUUCAAUAUUCAUCUCUUGCCCUCCACCUGUUUGAUAAAAUGCGUUGAGAAAUGUGGCCCUUCCCUUUAUCUCGAAUUUGAUCCGUAUCAACUCUAUCACAAUACCCAAUGCGCCACUUGAUGUAUUGCUUUACUUUUUAUUAGUUAUCGUGUGGUUCACGGCUUAAAGAAACUGCAUCCUUUGCUGUUUUUGCUGUUGGUGCAAGGUAGUAUUGAGAAAAGGAAAAGGCAGUGAUGGGCAUGAAAACUUUGUUUAAAUGGUCGAAACAAAUCAAGCCUUCUCAAGUUGAGCAGCUAAUACGCGCGGAAAAGGACGUACACAAAGCUUUACUCAUAUUUGACUCUGCCACGGCUGAGUACUGUAAUGGUUUUAGGCAUGAUCAUAAAACAUUUGGCGUCAUGAUCUCUAAAUUGCUCUCUGCGAACCAGUUUAGACCAGCUGAGGAGAUGCUUAAUAGAAUGAAGGAGGAAAAAUGUAAUAUCACGGAAGAUAUAUUCCUGUCUGUUUGCAGAGCUUAUGGCAGGGUGCACAAGCCAUUAGAUGCCAUCAGGGUUUUCCGUAAGAUGAAUGAAUUUGAAUGCAAACCCACACAGAAGUCUUAUAUUACUGUGUUUGCUAUUCUUGUGGAAGAGAACCAGUUAAAGGUUGCAAUGAGGUUUUACCGUUAUAUGAGAGAAAUUGGUAUUUCACCUAGUGUUGUAUCUCUUAAUGUUCUUAUUAAAGCCCUUUGCAAGGACGGUGAAACCAUUGAUGCUGCUUUAAGGAUAUUUCGUGAGAUGCCUAAUCGUGGGUGUAAUCCUGAUUCAUAUACAUAUGGGACGUUGAUCAAUGGUUUGUGUCGACUGGGGAAGAUUUAUGAAGCAAAGGAGUUAUUUAGAGAGAUGGAAACAAAAGGUUGUUCUCCAUCUGUUGUUACAUAUACUUCUUUGAUACAUGGCUUGUCUCAGUCAACUAAUAUAGACGAAGCUGUCGGGUUGCUUGAAGAUAUGAAGGCCAAGGGCAUUGAGCCAAAUGUGUUUACUUACAGUUCUUUAAUGGAUGGUCUUUGCAAAAAUCGGCGAUCUUCACAAGCCAUGGAGCUACUGGAGAUGAUGGUUAGCAGGCGCUGUAAGCCUAAUAUGAUAACUUAUAGUACCUUAAUUGAUGGCCUCUGUAAAGAAGGGAAGCUUCUUGAAGCUGUGGAGAUGCUUGACCGGAUGAAGCUUCAGGGGAUAAACCCAGAUGCAGGGCUGUAUGGGAAGAUCAUAAAUGGGUCGUGUGAAAAUUCCAAGUUUCUGGAGGCUGCAAACUUCCUUGAAGAGAUGGUACUUGGGGGGAUCUCACCAAACAGAUUAACAUGGAGCCUUCAUGUUAGGAUUAAUAAUAUAGUAGUCCAAGGUCUCUCUACAGAUGGCCAUCAAAAUCGAGCCUUCCAAUUGUAUUUAAGCAUGCGUACAAGAGGCAUUUCAAUUGAAUAUGCGACAUUCAAUUCUCUUAUAAAAUGUUUUUGCAAUAAAAGAGACCUGCACAAUUCUGUUCGCGUUGUUGAUGAGAUGGCUCUGGAUGGAUUUGUUCCUGACUGGGAAACAUGGAGUGCACUGGUGUGCGGAUUUUGGGAUCGAAGAAAGGUGCAGGAAGCUUCUGAUUUGUUAGCAAUGAAGCUUAUGAAUGUAUUGGUCUAGCAUGUCGUGGGAUUUGCAUAAAACUAUGCUCCUUUUUCAUUUUAUGCACGGAUUCCAUUUUUCUCUCGGCCGGUUGAAAACGGAGGAUUCUCUGGCUCUGUAAAUCUUAUCUCAACAAAUGAAGUACACCUUGUCAUUGACAUCUUCCAUACACAGUACUCUAUAACUUUGAUUAAGUUUUAGCAGGUUAGAUAUUCAUUUGUUUUUGCCAUCCUAAUGGCUCAUUGGAAGAUCAAUGAUUUAUUUAUUUAUUUAUUUCUAUUACAAUGCACCGAUAAACAAUAACUAUACUUGGCAACUUUCCUCUUUCAACGAACUGGCUUUCUGGCUAUAUGACUAAAGAUUUAACUUUCACCUUUCAAUCA